AUGUCUUCGCCGGGAGCCGCCACGGCCUUUGCCCGCGGGGUGCAGAAACUCUUCAUCGGCAAUCUGCCGUGGACCGUUAGUACAAAGGAGCUGCAGGGAUACUUUUCCAAGUUUGGCCACGUUCAGUCGUCGAACGUGAUUUACGACAAAACCACCGGACUGAGCCGCGGCUACGGCUUCAUUGUGUUCAGUACCCGCGAUGGGUACGCAAACGCGACCAACAAGCCGUACCACACGCUGGAGGGACGGCUGCUGGACGUGCAGCCGGCGGCGUCGUGA